AUCGUAUAGUGAGGCCUGGAAUCUGUCGCCAGUCGGUGAUUGUGUUUAGAGCAGCCUGCCUUCAGUGUCACAGCGAAGAGGUAGUGGAUACAGUGCUGGGAGACCCAGGGAGAGGCAGCCAGGUGUGUAUUGACAAAUAUACUGUAUGAGAUAGGUAAAUAUACACCCCCCCCCCAGUAUACACUGAAUAAUAUACACCCCCCCCAGUAUACACUGAAUAAUAUACACACACCCCAGUAUACACUGAAUAAUAUACACACACCACCCCCAAGUAUACACUGAAUAAUAUACACCCCCCCAGUAUACACUGAAUAAUAUACACACCCUGUAUAUAGUGACUGUAUAAUAUACACACCCUGUAUAUAGUCACUGUAUAAUGUACACACCCUGUAUAUAGUGACUGACCCUGUAUAAUGUACACACCCUGUAUAUAGUGACUGUAUAAUAUACACACCCUGUAUAUAGUGACUGUAUAAUGUACACCACCUGUAUAUAGUCACUGUUUAAUGUACACACCCUGUAUAUAUUGACUGUAUAAUAUACACACCCUGUAUAUAGUCACUGUAUAAUAUACACACCCUGUAUAUAGUGACUGUAUAAUAUACACACUCUGUAUAUAGUGACUGUAUAAUAUACACACCCUGUAUAUAGUGACUGUAUAAUAUACACACCCUGUAUAUAGUCACUGUAUAAUAUACACACCCUGUAUAUAGUCACUGUAUAAUAUACACCCCCCCAGUAUACACUGAAUAAUGUACACACCCUGUAUAUAGUCACUGUAUAAUGUACACACCCUGUAUAUAGUGACUGUAUAAUAUACACACCCUGUAUAUAGUCACUGUAUAAUAUACACACCCUGUAUAUAGUCACUGUAUAAUAUACACACCCUGUAUAUAGUCACUGUAUAAUAUACACACACCCCCAGUAUACACUGAAUAAUGUACACACCCUGUAUAUAGUGACUGUAUAAUAUACACACCCUGUAUAUAGUCACUGUAUAAUGUACACACCCUGUAUAUAGUCACUGUAUAAUAUACACACCCUGUAUAUAGUGACUGUAUAAUAUACACACCCUGUAUAUAGCCACUGUAUAAUGUACACACCCUGUAUAUAGUCAUUAUUGUAGCGGAUCGGCAGUAUUAAAUCCACGAAUUCCGCUGGUACACUCAAUAAUCCUCCUCUGGUCCUCUGCUCGGUCUGCCCGGGGAGACCCUCCAGUCUGUAGCUUUGCCGAGUGUGAGCUGCAGACUAUAUGAUGGAGGGCUCGCAAGCUCCCAGAGUGUUGCCGUGGGUUACCAUGGCAACGCUCUGACUGGAGCUCGCGAGAACUCGAACAUGUGGCCUGCCGCUCACACCUGGCGUAGCUGCAGACUGGAGAGCGAUCCCUCUGGAUCCCCAGGGAAAAGGUAUGCCAAAGUGGGGAGGCUUGCGCACCCCUGCAGCCUUUUCCCAUAAACCCAGCCCCAAGCAUGCCCUCCAGAGCCUGCACCCCAACUCGACUACCCCACACCCUGCUACCCCAUAGCCUUCUCCCACAUUCCUUGGCCUUAGCAUGCACCCCCACACCCCGCCUCUCGCACACUGCCCCCAGCAUGCACCCCCACACCCUGAUACCCAACAGCCAGACUCUCUCUCCCUGUCCCCCACAGCCUUCUCCCACGCACCCUGCUCCCAGCAUGCACCCUCACGCCCUGUCCCUCACAGCCUGCCCCCCCACACUGUUAACCACACAGCCUGCCCCCCACAGCCUUCCUACACACUUACCCUCAUACUGUCCCCCUAUAGUGUCACCUUCCAGACCACAGGUAAGAGGCAAGGAGGGGAGAGAUUAGCUCAAUUUAACUUAAACUGCUCACCCCCAGCACUUGUCCAACACUACAUGCACUACACAGACACCACUUCGCAGCCACUACACCCGCUACGCAGCCACUGCAUCCACCACACAAAUACUGCAUACACUACACACACAUUGCAUACAAUACACACUACAUCCACAACACAGAAACAUACAGCAUCCAUGACACACUUACACUGAAUCCACCACACACACACAUAAUGCGUCCACUACACAAACAGACAUUGCGUUCACUACACACAGCAUAACAUAAUGGAUGUUGGCGUGCUUUUGGUGCGGGGGGGGGAUGCAUUUCAUCUUUGGAUCCAUGCAGCACAAUGUUUUGGGCCGGCCCUGACCAUACCUCUCAACAAUUCAGAUGAACAAAGAGCAACACUGUACACUUAGGGGUGUGGCCAGUGGUAAGACUGUUCUGAGAAAAUUUAGGAAACUUACUAAUAAGUCAUGCAACUAAAAUGUAACAAGAAGAAUGUAUCUUAUUUACACAGUUUGAUUUCUAAACACAUUUAUUGUAGUUUAAAGACAUAUUACUGGGAGUAUUUUUCUGCGGAGCUCUGCUAUACUCUCAGACAUACCAACUAUAUGGAGCUCUUAGAAAAGAGGGACAUUACGAGAGAAAAUAGAGACAGAGGGAUUUGGGUCCAAAAUAGGGAUCGUCUGUCCUAAAUAGGGAGGUAUUAUAUACUUAUCUAAUUAUUAUAUUUAUAGAGCGCCCACGAAAUAUGAGCUGAUGGCAAACAAACACCUAGGACCACGAAAGCAUACGGACAUAGCGGGAGGGCGAUGGAAGGCGUAUAUAAACGAACAACAGGCUCACCAUACAAAUCACCAAGAGGGAGCGACACCACCAGGGAGGGGGGAGCAAAGAGGUUGGAAGGCCCAACAAGGGGAAUCCCACAGCAAUUGGCAACAACGGCAAAGGAGCGGAGCCACACAACAGGGCAAUCAAUGAAACAUGUAAAGGACUAGAUGAGCCCCAAGAGGGUAACAUAAAUCACAAGAGAGUGGGGGAAAACCUAGCAUACGAAUUCCCUCUUUCAUAUUUUAAGCAACCACAUCAAACAUCAUAUAUAGGGCAACCUUCAAAGAUAAACAAAAUAGUCUGAAGUGGCUAGGUUUGCCACAUGACUAUUUUAAAAUAAUUACAUUUAUUGGUGCAAUAUAAGUAUAUAACAUAUAGUAUAAAAGUCCCAGAUAAGCCGAAAUGCGUUUCACUCUUGAAGAGCUUCCUCAGUCAGCUGUCAUCCAUUGAAGUAGUUAUGAUGCCUACAGUUUUCCUUUAAUCAUUGUUCUUAUCUUUCUCUUAAUUUAACGUGAUUUGAAUAAAACUUAAAUACACUAUGUAUCUGCAAUUACAGAACCACCAAAUUCCUGUCCACAAGCCCAGAGCCUGUUCUCAGGCUGCCUGAUCGGCUUGAUGAUGCCAAACACAAACUGGAAUCAAAUGACCGAGAGGUUCCUGGAUCUGACCCUGGAGGUCAACUACCUGCUGACUGGAGAGGUGAGGGAUUCUGGGAAUGUCACAGUGACUGCACUUUUAUUUUACAUUUUUUUUUUAUUUUUAUAAUGGAACUGUAGUUUACUCAUUUCCCUGAGGUAUCGGUAAGGUAAAUCCCCUCAAGUUCUUUGCUAUAACCACCAAUGGGGACAGAGAGGUCUGUAAGUGAUGACUCUGUAUCUUCAUGGUAUAAAAGAACAAGGAAAACAGCCCACCCGAGACCACUACAUCCAAAAUAACAAAGCAAGACUGAUGCAGCAAAAGACUAAUAAAAAAAAUCAGCUUUCUACAAAUACAGGGACCUUUCUAACUUUACGAUCAUACAUCCCAAGUGCUUUUUAACUCCAUCCCAUUAAUCUAUUUCCAGUUGCUAUAAAUAUUUCUCUGGUUGCUAUAAACAAAUAUCCCCUUGCUAUGAACAUUUCUCCAGUUGCUAAAAACAUUCUGCUGUUGCUAUAAACAUUUCUCUGGUUGCUAUAAAACUUUCAGGUGUUGCAAUGUUUAUAGCAACGGUACAAAUGUUUAUAGCAACAGGAGAUACAGCAAUGCUUCUAGCAACAGGAGAUACAGCAAUGCUUCUAGCAACAGGAGAUACAGCAAUGCUUCUAGCAACGGGAGAUACAGCAAUGCUUCUAGCAACGGGAGAUACAGCAAUGCUUCUAGCAACGGGAGAUACAGCAAUGCUUCUAGCAACGGGAGAUACAGCAAACGGGAGAUACAGCAAUGCUUCUAGCAACGGGAGAUACAGCAAUGCUUCUAGCAACAGGAGAUACAGCAAUGCUUCUAGCAACGGGAGAUACAGCAAUGCUUCUAGCAACGGGAGAUACAGCAAUGCUUCUAGCAACGGGAGAUACAGCAAUGCUUCUAGCAACGGGAGAUACAGCAAUGCUUCUAGCAACGGGAGAUACAGCAAUGCAACGGGAGAUACAGCAAUGCUUCUAGCGGGAGAUACAGCAAUGCUUCACAACAGGAGAUACAGCAAUGCUUCGGGAGAUACAGCAAUGCUUCUAGCAACAGGAGAUACAGCAAUGCUUCUAGCAGCAACGGGAGAUACAGCAAUGCUUCUAGCAACGGGAGAUACAGCAAUGCUUCUAGCAACGGGAGAUACAGCAAUGCUUCUAGCAACAGGAGAUACAGCAAUGCUUCUAGCAACAGGAGAUACAGCAAUGCUUCUAGCAACGGGAGAUACAGCAAUGCUUCUAGCAACGGGAGAUACAGCAAUGCUUCUAGCAACGGGAGAUACAGCAAUGCUUCUAGCAACGGGAGAUACAGCAAUGCUUCUAGCAACGGGAGAUACAGCAAUGCUUCUAGCAACGGGAGAUACAGCAAUGCUUCUAGCAACGGGAGAUACAGCAAUGCAUCUAGCAAUGGGAGAUACAGCAAUGCUUCUAGCAACACUUGAAAUGUUUCUAGCAACAGGAGAUCUUUCUAUAGAAAUGGGAGAAAUGUUUAUAGCAACAACUGAAAUCUUUAUAGUAAAGGGAGAAAUAUUUACAGCAACUGCGGAAUGUUUACAGCAACAGGAAAAAUGUCUAUAGCAACAGGCGAUAUGACUAAAGCUACCGGAGAAAUAUUUAUAGCAACACCUGACAUUUCUAAAGCAAUGGGAUAAACAGCCCAUCCCGGACCUACCCAAACUACUGAUGCAGCGCAAGACUAAGAAAAAAGACAAAAUCAGCUUUCUACAAAUACAGGGACCUUUCUACCUUUACUAUCAUACAUCCCAAGCACUAUUUAACUCCAUCCCUUAAUUCUGUUUUAUGUUAUGUAUUUUACUUUGAUAUCCUAAAAUUUAACACGUAGAAAAAUAACCAUGACGGUGGGUGUUUUAAUAAAAAAAAAAAAAAAAACAGUUGCCAACAUUAUUUAAAGUGACACUCCACUGUCCAAAUACAAAGAAAUAACUGCUUAGUAGAUAUACCCCAAAUGAAAACAUUAAUUUAAUUAUCCUUUUUCCAUUAGGGGUAUAUUUAAAGAUCUCUUGCCUGCAGCCUUUGCAAGCAUUCCCCUUCUAACUCCACCCAGAUCGUGGCUGUCCAAUCAGACUUCCCAGUGCAGCUCAAUGAGAAGUCUUUACAAAACAGGUGCUUUGGGAAGUUGCUGCAUCUUAGGUUUCAUUCUACUGAGCUAAACAACCAGGAAGUAACGUGUCCGGCUCCCUGAUUGACAGCUUAGUGGGUGUAACAAGACUAAUUUAUAAGAGUGCCAAUUUGUGUUGAAAUCUGCACUUCUCGUGAAAUUGAGAAAAAGAGGACACACACAUAUAAAACCCUUUCGAAUGCAUCCAAAAUACUAUAGCAUCUUAAGACUGAGGAAAAAAUACAGAAUCGGAUUUGUACAAAUACAAGGACUUUACUACAUUUGCUAGCAAACAUCGCUAGUGCUAUUUAACUACAUCCCAUAUUACUGUUUUCAGUUAACUAUUUUACUUGAAAUACAUUUGAGGUCACAUUGUGACUUUUCUGAGCAAAUUGAGAGGAUCGUGUGAGCAAUGGGCAGGGAAAUACUGAAUGUUAAAAGCAGAUAAUUCUUACUGGAGUUUUUCUAACUCCAUUGAUACACAUUAUACCUCCAUUCAUUAUGUAGAGUUACAUUGUUGUGAAGAAGCCUGCUGAGUCCAUACUACAGAGCAACAGCCCCUGUGUCCCCGAUGGAUUGAACAGGACCCAGAGCCCCAGCAGAGUGCCUCCACGUCACUCCCUGAUACAUGAGAGAAACAAUGACCAGAAGGUCCUGGAACUGACCAAUCAGAUCAUCCACCUGCUGACUGGAGAGGUGAGGCUGCUGGGAAUGGGACAUCAUAGAGUAAAACCAAGGAAUGUGUCUGGAUGGUGACUGUAUUAUUGUGUGUGCCAGGAUCCUGUUAGGUGUGAGGAUGUGUCUGGAUGGUAACUGUAUCAUUGUGUGUCUCAGGUUCCUGUUAGGUGUGAGGAUGUGUCUGGAUGGUAACUGUAUCAUUGUGUGUGCCAGGUUCCUGUUAGGUGUGAGGAUGUGUCUGGAUGGUGACUGUAUCAUUGUGUGCCAGGUUACUGUUAGGUGUGAGGAUGUGUCUGGAUGGUAACUGUAUCAUUGUGUGUGCCAGGUUCCUGUCAGGUGUGAGGAUGUGUCUGGAUGGUGACUGUAUCAUUGUGUGUGCCAGGUUCCUGUUAGGUGUGAGGAUGUGUCUGGAUGGUGACUGUAUCAUUGUGUGUGCCAGGUUCCUGUUAGGUGUGAGGAUGUGUCUGAUGGUGACUGUAUCAUUGUGUGUCAGGUUCCUGUUAGGUGUGAGGAUGUGUCUGGAUGGUGACUGUAUCAUUGUGUGUCAGGUUCCUGUUAGGUGUGAGGAUGUGUCUGGAUGGUGACUGUAUCAUUGUGUGUGUCAGGUUCCUGUUAGGUGUGAGGAUGUGUCUGGAUGGUGACUGUAUCAUUGUGUGUCAGGUUCCUGUUAGAUGUGAGGAUGUGUCUGGAUGGUGACUGUAUAAUUGUGUGUGUCAGGUUCCUGUUAGGUGUGAGGAUGUGUCUGGAUGGUGACUGUAUCAUUGUGUGUCAGGUUCCUGUUAUGUGCGAUGAUGUGUCUGGAUGGUGACUGUAUCAUUGUGUGUGUCAGGUUCCUGUUAGGUGUGAGGAUGUGGCUGGGUGGUGACUGUAUCAUUGUGUGUGUCAGGUUCCUGUUAGGUGUGAGGAUGUGUCUGGAUGGUGACUGUAUCAUUGUGUGUGCCAGGUUCCUGUUAGGUGUGAGGAUGUGUCUGGAUGGUGACUGUAUCAUUGUGUGUGUCAGGUUCCUGUUAGGUGUGAGGAUGUGUCUGGAUGGUGACUGUAUCAUUGUGUGUGCCAGGUUCCUGUUAGGUGUGAGGAUGUGACUGGAUGGUGACUGUAUCAUUGUGUGUGCCAGGUUCCUGUUAGAUGUGAGGAUGUGUCUGGAUGGUGACUGUAUCAUUGUGUGUGCCAGGUUCCUGUUAGAUGUGAGGAUGUGUCUGGAUGGUGACUGUAUCAUUGUGUGUGUCAGGUUCCUGUUAGGUGUGAGGAUGUGUCUGGAUGGUGACUGUAUCAUUGUGUGUGUCAGGUUCCUGUUAGGUGUGAGGAUGUAACUGGAUGGUGACUGUAUCAUUGUGUGCCAGGCUCCUGUUAGGUGUGAGGAUGUGUCUGGAUGGUGACUGUAUCAUUGUGUGCCAGGUUCCUGUUAGGUGUGAGGAUGUGACUGGAUGGUGACUGUAUCAUUGUGUGUGCCAGGUUCCUGUUAGGUGUGAGGAUGUGUGUGGAUGGUGACUGUAUCAUUGUGUGUGCCAGGUUCCUGUUAGGUGUGAGGAUGUGUCUGGAUGGUGACUGUAUCAUUGUGUGUGCCAGGUUCCUGUUAGGUGUGAGGAUGUGUCUGGAUGGUGACUGUAUCAUUGUGUGUGCCAGGUUCCUGUUAGGUGUGAGGAUGUGUCUGGAUGGUGACUGUAUUAUUGUGUGUGUCAGGUUCCUGUUAGGUGUGAGGAUGUGACUGGAUGGUGACUGUAUCAUUGUGUGUGUCAGGUUCCUGUUAGGUGUGAGGAUGUGUCUGGAUGGUGACUGUAUCAUUGUGACUGCCAGGUUCCUGUUAGGUGUGAGGAUGUGUCUGGAUGGUGACUGUAUCAUUGUGUGUGCCAGGUUCCUGUUAGGUGUGAGGAUGUGUCUGGAUGGUGACUGUAUCAUUGUGUGUGCCAGGUUCCUGUUAGGUGUGAGGAUGUAACUGUUUAUUUUCCUUGUAGGUGUGGAAGUAUUUAGAAGGACACAAGGAACCUUACAAUGACUUAAUGAUGGACACUCACCAGCCUCUCAGCUCACUGGGUAAGAGGAAGCACUUUAUAUACACAGCUUGUGUUAUACGUGCAGUUAUACAGCCUGAUCGAUAUGAGUGAGGAUGUAUUAACAUACAAAUAAAAACCUAGGAUUGACUUAUGUUUUAUGCGAUAGGCAUAAGGCUAUCCUAACUAUAAGAUAAGGUCAGGGACUAAUGGAAGUAUUUAGAAAAUUGGGCAGACUAGAUGGGUCGAAUGGUUCUUAUCUGCCGUCACAUUAUAGGUUUCUAAAUAACCUCUGUGUAGGAAAGUAGAGUAGAAUCCUGGGAGCAAUGCACAUUUGCCUUUCCAGAGACACAAGGCAGGAAUAGAGCAAUGAAAGGCAAUAAACAGCGAUCACAGAGCCUUCCGACUCCAUAAUAGAACACAGAGUUAAAGUAUUAACUAUUAUACUAUAUACAAAUGUUAAGUUAACCACUCGCAAUCAUACUGGCACAGGUAUCUCCAGGCGACACUCCUCGGGGUAGUUUGAGAUGCCUAAACCCCAUCAUCCAGUGGAGGAAACCUGGAGUGCAAUUCCCUUAUUUCAAACUGAGUCUUUCAGGUGCCUAACAAAUAAAAUGCUGAUCCAUUUCAAUAUCAUGCUUGAAUAUAUAGACUGUUAGUCUCAUGUUUAUCAUCAUCUCUGUGGGUCCUUUCACAUCCCAUUGCUCUUACAUUGCCAAUUUGCGAUCAGUUCAUCCGGUCAUUUUGCGGCUGCAUUUCGCAUCUUGACACUGAAGAGUUCUGACGUCUCUUUAAAACAGCACCACGCUAUAAUUUUGGGAGCCAUACAGACAACCGAGAGUUCAGUAAGAAAUGCUAGUUGUAUCUGGAAUUAAAAAAAACAAAAACUAAAAACCAAACCAAGUUUGAAUGUUCCAGAAGUGCACAUCUCUUCCCAAACUAUCCUAUCAAUACAAUCACCCAAUUAUGCAGCAAAAGUACAAACACAAUACUUCUGAAAGAUAAUACUUUUCUAAUAGAGGAACAUUAUAACAAUUCUCAGCCUAAGUAGGGCUUACACAAAAUGAGUUGUAGCAGAGCUGCAAUAUUAAAUCCCAAUAUCUCUGCUGGGACAGAAAGUAAUCCAAGGAAAGCGCGGAAAAUGAAGGCAAUAUCCCAAAUCCCCCAGUAACCGAACCAAACACAGUUCUGGGAGUCAACUGACGAUUUUAUUUACAGAUCCAGUAUUUAUGUGAUUCCCCAUGCAAGGGGUUUCCUUAAUUACUUUACAGGGGUUGUACAGUAGGGGACUACAUGGGGAACUGAAUAAACAGAGUAUUUCUCCCACCAUGCACUGCUGUACGAGAGGGAUACUCUAUAUAAAAUCCAUAACUUUUAUUUUAUUCAUGUCACUGUACCGAAUGACCGUUCGGUAGAUAGCUGGGGUCUGAAUGCACACUUCGUGAAAGUACCGCUCAGUUCCCCACACAAUCAGCCGAAGUCCGCACGAAAUAUACUUUAACAUACAUUCAUCAUAAAAGUCAUGAAUACAUAAGUGGGGAAAAAGUACAGAAAGAUCGGCGCUCCCGAACGGCCUGGAAGUCCAGUGGUGUUCGUGCCGUCGAGUAGCCGAUUUUAGUUCCAGGCACUCGGCGACCAAACACCGCUGGGCAAAAAGGAAAUCCAAGAUGGCAGCCGCCUCGUGGUCGGUAGCCAAACGACGGCCACCCAGGAAAUCAAUUAGCAGCCGAUUGAUACAAUGUUGCAAUUGGUUAAUGGGAAUCACACGACCCCCUGUGUGUGGGCUCCCAUUCGGUACUUUAUUAGUUUCACGAACAGUGUGGAAAGUCACUGUUCGUGAAACUACCAUAUGGAUGCUAGCGGCUUUCGGCCGCUAGCAUACGAUUGCUCUCUAUUACAGUUAUAAGCGAAUACAUAAACUAACAGAAUUUAACCAGCUUUUCUAGGACAACAUUUAGACAUCUAACAACAUAAUCUGAAGUGGCUAGGUUUGCCACAUGAGCAUUUUAAUAUUGUCUAAUGUCUAAAAAUGAUUUGCUUACAAUUAGGGGCCCAGGGCACUCCAGGCACAAUAAGGAUUUUGGUGUGCUGAAGUUGUUAUGGCACCUGCAGUGUUCUUUUAAAUAAAAUAAUAAAUGGGCAUAAACUGCGGUCAGUGAAGACUGUAUCCGUUUGGAGAGGCUGCUGCAGAGUAGCGAGACAUUUAUAGAUGUUGGUACUUUAUUCACUGUGCCCUUGAGUAAUUUCUUUCCUCUUCUGUCCAAAUGCUUUGUACAUGCUGUGACAGCAUAGCUCAAUAUUUUACCACCAAACUCUUGCUCAGCAUUUCCCAAUUGUUUGUGGGAACAAAAUUGGGGUUUCACCAGGAUUUGCCCAUUGAGUGGCCCAUGCACUUAGGGCCACCUGAUUGGGUAAUAUUGCUGAACAGGGACCCUCCAAGCUUCACAGAGCGAGCUGCGUGGGAGGACUGGAGUAAGGAAGGAGGAGGCAGCGGCAGUGCACACAGCAGCAUGAAAACAGAGGAGACGCUGCAUGCUCACUCCCCAUCAGCCUUAGCCAGGACCAGAAUCCCAAGUAAGCCACCCUCCUAGGCACAAAAAUAAUAUAGCAGGAGGGUGGCUGCAUAUACAAAUAUUUUAACGUGUGUCAGAUUUGUGUAGCUGUGUCACUGUGUAUCUGAGUGUGCCAGUGUGCUUAUCUGAGUGUGUGUAUGUGUCAGUGUUUGUAUUUGUGUGUCAAUGUGUGUAUUUGUCACUGUGUUUAUCGGAGUGUGUGCCAGUGUGCGUAUCUGUGUGUCAGUGUGUGUCUUUGCAUCGGUAUGUGUCAGUUUGUAAAUGAAUGGGUUUGUAUGUAUCAUGCAAACAUGCAAACGCAAACAUUACAUACAAAAACACCCCUGAAUUAAAACGCCAAAUGUAUAUACAAACACUAAUACUACACAUAAAUGUACAUCCACAUUUAAAAGCCAUCACUACAUCCAAACACCCCUGCACGCAAAUGUAAACAUUACAUAAAAACACCCCCCUGUAUUAUAACAUUAUAUACAAACACCAACUCUACUUACAAAAGCACACAUGUACUACAGUCUUACUAUCUGUAGAAAUGUGUAUGCAUACCAAAGAAAUUAAUGUUCCUGUAAAAAACAAAAAAAACCUCCGCUAAUUAAAAGGUUUUCACAAUGGCACAAACCUUUUUGGGGGGUUCCACGUUGUUGGUACACUAUGUCAAUUAAUUGGGAACCCCUGCUCUAGAUAAUGUAUCUUGUAGCAUAUUUACAGAACUUGCAAUUAAAGGGAUAAAAGGAAGGUUUGUAAUUCUAUUUGUGCUUUUUUUUUUCAGCAAAUGGCUCUCUAAACACAAGUGAAACGGAUGAUUUACCCAUCCAUGUUCUGUCAGCAAAUUGUGUGACUGAAGGUAGAGUCGCAGAUGAUCAGGGAGGAAAUUCUAUGACAUUUAAUGAACUAAGUAAGAGACCAAGUGAAUCUGUGAAAUCUGAAACAGCUUUAUAUGAAGAAAGAAAUCUACCAGAUGGAGAUAUUUACUCACUGAAAGAAUGUUCACAAACAAAAUCCCCAUCUACUUCUAAUGUGGAGGAAUCAGCCUCACGAGAAGACAUACAUUUUACCGACACUGACAUUAUCACACCCACAGAACAGACACCGUAUCCGUCAACUCCUAUCAAGGAGGAACCCACCCAGUGUAGAGAGGAUAAUCUCACAGACACUGACAUUAAUACACCCACAGUACAGACAGAAUAUCCAUCUUCUCAUAUUAAGGAGGAUCCAGCCUCAUGGGAAGAAAGGAAUCUCACAGCGUCUGAAAUUAUACCCACAGUACAGACAGAAUAUCCAUCUACUCGUAUCAAGGAGGAAUCAGACACGUGUGAAGAAGGGACUCUCAUAGACAGACAAAUGUAUAAACCCCCAAAAGAUUCACAGACAGAAUAUCCGUCUAACCAUUUGAGGGAGAGCUUUGCUCUAUGGGUAGAAGGAAAUCUCACAGACACUGAAAUUUAUGCAUCCAUAGAACAUACAGAGAAGGAACCUUUAGCUUAUAUUAAAGAGCGAUCAGUCUUAUGGGAUGAAGGACAUUUUAAUAAGAUGCAAAACAAGGCAAAUGGUAAGAUCUUUGAAGGCCCUAUGUCAGAAUUUGCUGAAUAUCAAAGAAAUCAUGAAGAAAAUACUUCUUCUGAAUGUGAGACCGAAGUCAGCUCUAAAGAAGGGUUUAUUAGACAUCCAUUUUUUCAUCAAAAAUCUCCUUCCAUGAGCCCUCAACCAACUGCCCAUGGAGAGAAAACACUCUCUCUAUUUGAACAUGAUAAAUCUUUUUUGAAGAGAAAAUAUAUUUCUAAACAUCAACAUGUUCCGAGCAGAGAAAAAUAUUUUUCUUGUCCUGAAUGUGGGAAACUUUUUUAUGACAUGUCAAUGGUCAAACUCCAUCUACUAGGUCACAUAGGAGAGAAACCAUUUUCAUGUACAGAAUGUGACAAAUCUUUUAGUCAGUCAUCUGAUCUUCAGAAACAUCUGAUGAUUCACACAGGAGAGAAACCAUUUUCUUGCUCUGAAUGUGGGAAGUGUUUUAGUCGGAAGGGAAAUCUUAAUUCUCAUCUGAGGAUUCACACAGGAGAGAAACCAUAUUUUUGUGACCUUUGUGGAAAAUCUUUUACUCGGAAUUCUUAUCUUAAGUUACAUCAGAAGAAUCACACGGACAAGGAGCCAGUUUUUUGACAUGGGGAUUUUUAUAAUCUAAAGUUUCUAAUUCAUAAUUUCUAAUUCCUUUAAAUUAAAGGGACACUAUAGUCACCAUAACAACUGCUGAUUAAUGUAAUUGUUCUGGUAAAUACUGCCAGUAUUUACCUUAGCCCCUUAAGGACACAUGAUAUGUGUGACAUGUCAUGAUUCCCUUUUAUUCCAGAAGUUUGGUCCUUAAGGGGUUAAAGCUUAGGAAAACCUCCAAUGGUCAUUUCUCAGAUGGCUACUAGAGGUGCUAUCUGGGUCAGUGCUGCACAGUGUGUUGCCACUGAUGUUCAGCUUCUCUAUGCUCUGUACGGUGAUGCAGAACUUUCCCCAUAGAGAUACACUGAUUUAAUGCAUCUCUAUGACGAGAUGCUUAUUGGCCAGGGCGGCGUUUGGCCUUGACCAGUCUGCUUGACGAUUUCAGCCAAUCCAAUGCAUUUCGGAUGGGAAAGCAUUUGUUUGGCUGAAAUCAAUUCUGAUGAUCUGCCAAGGAGGUGGAUCAUGGAUGGGCCAGUGCCGGCAGACCCGCAUGGUGCUGGAAAUAAGGUAGAUUUACUUACCUGUUAAGGGGAGUGGGGAGGUGGAAGCAAGCUCUCUAAAUGAUGGAUGCUAUAAGGUCAGGAAUACAUGCUUGUGUUCCUGAUCCUAUAGUGUGCCUUUAAAUUAAGUCAUUACAAUGCUGAUGACCAGUGAUGAGCAUUCCGUAGGUGUUCAUUGUAAGGUACGUGAGUAUUUACGAAGGUCAAACAAGUUUAAACAGACAGCAUCAACAGCAGAUGUGAAUAGGCUUUCAUUGAAUGGCUUCCCUUCCUAUGGAAGGAUAUAAAACAGCAAUUUUCUUCCAUGCCCGGGAGACCAGCGUUGACCACAAUGUUGGAUGGGUCAAUUUCCAGGGCCUACUUCUAGUGCCUAAGAGAUUAACUACAAUAAAUCGAGUAACUACUUAGAUACUAUUUAAUUAAGGUUAUCAUGAUGGCAACAAUAAAAUGUAUUUAAUCCAUAUCCACCUUGUGUUGUGAUAGGUUAAUAGAAUACGAUUAUGGAACUUGGGGUGUGAAAAAUUAAAGAAAAGGAAAAAGCAUAAAAGUGAAGAAUAAAUAUGAUUGGAUGAGUGAGAAAAGUGGGGGCUGAGAAACAUCCUAUAGGUAAUGGGAAGGGGUGAAAUUUAUAGUCCCAGUAGCAUCAAUGACAUUCCUGUGAAAUAAAGCCAUACAUGAGGCAAUGUAGGGAUACAUUUAACUUAUAUUUGUGUUGGAAAUUGACAAAACACAGAAUGGUAAUGAGCUUUAAUUUGUCAGACCGUGUUACUUCCCUUCUUCAUUAGUGACAGCUUGUACGAAUAUAAAGAAAAAUGCUCAGGCACUCACUGUAUUAAAGUAUAAGCAGGUUUCAAUGGAACAUCAAGUGCACAGCAAUGUUUUGACCUGCACCCAGGUCUUUGUCAAGCUGCUUAUACUAUUAAUCACACACAGGAUACAUUCAGACACUGGCCCCAAAUAUAGACUAUCA